AUGGACAUUACUGUACCCGAUCGACCACUUUCUAAGGAAGAAAUUAAUCGUUGCUAUUUAAGGUGGCAACAACUCCGUAACGAACACGGUGAGAAUGCACCCAAUGUACCAGAGUUUAUUUACUUUACAAAAAUUCUUCAGACAGCUGCUAAACAACAGCAACAACAAGAACUGCGACAAAGACAACAAAGCAACAGCCAACCAGACAAAACAACACCUCAGGAAUUGCCAAAUGCUUCUCAUUCUGCUCCUCAGAAUGUUGAUAACUCACAACUGCCUCUUUCUAGCCAAGGACAACAACAAUUACCACUAAAUCCUGUAAAUAACAGUUCACCUCUUGCUGAAAAUGCAGCGAUACCAAAUGGAUCUAUCCAUUCAUCUUCUAUGAACCAACAAGAUUCUAUGUCAUCCGCGUACAAAUCUCAAAAUGGAGCAAUGGAAGACAGCGUAAGAUCACCCACAAGUCAAAAUCCGAAUAAUAAUAUCGCAUCUUCAAUUUCCCAUAGACAGAGUAUUGCCACAAGCCCGAAGACUGUCGAUAACUCAAGGAGUAAUGCACAUAUAUCAAACCUACAAUCGCAUCAAGCACACUUAUUACAACAAGCACAGUUGGCGCAACAGGCUCAAUUAUCACAACAGACACCGUUAACGCAACAAACUCAACACGAGCAACAAACAUUACAAAAACAUACGAACAUUUUCACUCAGGAACAAUCUGAUCUACUCAAAGCCCAGAUUGGCUCAUUAAAGUGUUUAGUUAACCAUCAACCGGUUCCUUUUGAAUACCAAAAUGUAAUACAAAAAUCUAUGAAUAAUCCGCCAGAUUUUCGAAAGAUGUUAAUGACCCUUGGUGAGUACGUCAGAACUAAGCAACAGCAGAAGCCUGCUCAAGCCAUAGGAAAUCCUCAGCAAGUACCACCAUCGCAAAGCCAAUCACAAGUUAACAAACCUCAGGGUAUAUCUCCUCCUGUUAAGCAGAAGGAUGAGAAGAAGCAAUCUAACAAGAUAUCAGCUGGAGUAGAAGAAAAUGACCUGAAUAAGAACAUAAGAAAUAAUGGCCCUGUCAAUGAUAACAAAUCUGUAAGAGAAGAAUCGAAGAUGACACAGAUCCAUACAAACACAAAGCAACAUAUUGAAAAGCAAAACAAAAAAAACCAAAUAGAUCAACAGCCGCCAAAACCAGUUCCUCCCGUACCAGUAAACGUCUUCCGGAAUUUACACCCUUCACUGGAAAAAGUUAUAGAUAUUGAGGAUGCCGAUAUUAUGGUAGACUCAUUCACUCUUCCUACCCUACCUGAAUCGCCAAUUGAUUAUAAUAGUCUCUUUCCGACUUCCCAAAAUCCAAAAUUGAACAUUCAGCCAGGUAUACUUCCCGAUGGUGUUGAUGUACAUGCUGCAGCUGAGAUUUACCAGACUUUAGUAGCGUUAAAUUUGGAUACUGCAGUCGAUGAUUGUUUGACAAAAACACUUGAUGAAUCAACUGAUGACAAAACAAAAGAAGAUGCCCUUUAUGACUAUUAUGCAUUACAACUACUGCCGUUACAAAAAGCCGUCAGAGGUCACCUUUUACAAUUUGAAUGGUACCAAAAUUCUCUUUUAACUAAUACACAUCCAAAUUUUCUUUCAAAAAUUAGAAAUAUCAAUAUUCAAGAUACUUUCCUCACAAAUGAACUAUAUAAAAAACAUGAACUGCUCCAUUAUAAGAAACAACAAAAAGAAAGAACUGUUAGGCUUGCUGCCAUUGCAAAUUCUUCCAUCGUCCGGUUCAAUGAACGAAUUGACAGGAGACAUAGAAGAAUAAAGUUUGGUGGUAAGCUGGUAACUUUGCAUGGUAAUCUGGAAAAAGACGAACAAAAAAGGCAGGAAAGGAAAGCAAAAGAACGUUUGCAGGCUUUAAAGGCAAAUGAUGAAGAAGCUUAUAUCAAACUGUUAGAUCAGACCAAAGAUACAAGAAUUACACAUUUAUUAAAACAGACGAAUGCAUUUUUAGAUUCUUUAACAAAGGCCGUAAAAGAUCAACAGAAAUAUACCAAAGAUAUGAUUGAGUCGCAUAUUAAUGAGGACUCUGAGGGCCCCGAAGGUUCUAUGCCCAAUGAGCCAAAAUAUGAGGACGACGAAGAAGAACAAGAAAAUAUAGAUUAUUAUAAUGUUGCUCAUAAGAUUAAAGAAGAGAUAACACAGCAACCUACCAUCUUGGUUGGAGGUACUUUGAAAGAAUAUCAAUUGAAAGGUCUGCAAUGGAUGGUUUCAUUAUUCAACAAUCAUCUGAACGGUAUAUUGGCAGAUGAGAUGGGUUUGGGUAAAACUAUCCAGACAAUCUCUUUAUUGACCCAUUUAUACGAGGCUAAAAAUGUCCAUGGCCCUUUCUUGGUUAUUGUACCCUUAUCGACACUAUCUAAUUGGAGUAAUGAAUUUAUUAAAUGGGCACCUACCUUACGAACCAUAGCAUACAAGGGCUCGCCAGCAGAAAGAAAGUCUAAACAAAGCCAAGUUAAAGCAGGUGAGUUUGAUGUACUUCUGACAACUUUUGAAUAUAUCAUAAAAGAAAAAGCUAUUCUUUCAAAAGUUAAAUGGGUUCAUAUGAUUAUCGAUGAAGGUCAUAGAAUGAAAAAUGCUCAGUCGAAACUGUCGUUAACAUUGAAUACAUUUUAUCAUUCUGACUAUAGAUUGAUUUUAACAGGUACUCCAUUGCAAAAUAACUUACCAGAAUUAUGGGCUCUUCUGAAUUUCGUGCUACCCAAAAUUUUCAACUCCGUUAAAUCGUUUGACGAAUGGUUUAACACGCCCUUUGCCAACACUGGUGGUCAAGAUAAAAUUGAACUAAGUGAAGAAGAAACAUUACUAGUCAUUAGAAGACUACAUAAAGUUCUACGUCCCUUCCUAUUGCGUAGAUUAAAAAAGGAUGUAGAGAGUGAAUUACCAGAUAAGGUUGAAGUGGUGAUCAAAUGUAAGAUGAGUGGUUUACAAGAAACUCUGUAUCAACAAAUGCUCAAGCACCGCAGAUUAUUUGUUGGUGAUCAUACCAAUAAAAAGAUGGUUGGCUUACGUGGUUUCAACAAUCAGAUAAUGCAGUUAAAAAAGAUCUGUAACCAUCCCUUUGUAUUUGAGGAAGUGGAGGAUCAAGUUAAUCCAACAAGAGAAACUAAUUUGAAUAUAUGGCGAGUAGCGGGAAAAUUUGAACUCCUACAACGUGUACUUCCUAAAUUGAAAGCUACCAAUCAUAGAGUGUUGAUUUUCUUCCAAAUGACUCAAAUAAUGGAUAUUAUGGAAGAUUUCUUAAGACUGAUGGACAUUAAAUAUUUAAGAUUAGAUGGUCACACGAAGUCUGACGAUCGUAGUCAACUUUUAAAGUUGUUUAAUGCCCCGGACUCGGAAUACUUCUGUUUUAUUCUUUCUACGAGGGCUGGUGGUUUAGGUUUAAAUCUUCAAACCGCUGAUACUGUUAUUAUUUUUGAUACUGAUUGGAAUCCGCAUCAAGAUUUACAAGCACAAGAUAGAGCUCAUAGAAUUGGACAGAAGAAUGAAGUUAGAAUCUUGAGAUUAAUUACGGAACAUUCUGUGGAGGAAGUCAUUCUGGAAAGAGCUCACAAAAAGCUUGAUAUUGAUGGUAAAGUUAUUCAAGCGGGUAAAUUCGAUAAUAAGUCUACUUCUGAGGAACAAGAAGCAUUAUUGAGAUCCCUUUUGGAGGCUGAAGAAGAACGUAAAAAGAGAAUAUCAAAUGGUAUUGAAGAAGAAGAAGAAGAGUUUGGUGAUAACCGUCUAAAUGAACUUUUGGCAAGAAAUGAUGACGAAAUGGGUAUAUUCAGUAAAAUUGACAGCGAUAGAAACGAGAAAGACAAAGAGGUCAAUUUAAAGAGCAGGCUGAUGGAAAAAGCUGAAUUGCCAAGCAUUUAUAGUCAAGAUAUUGGUGCUGAAUUAGAGCGAGAAGAGUCGGAGGCAGCCGCUCAAUAUAGUGGUAGGGGUACAAGAGAACGUAAGAGAACUACUUAUUCUGAUAUAUCGGAAGCCCAGUGGUUGAAACAGUUCGAACUAAGCGAUGAUGAUGAGGAUAAGAAAGCUCAAGAAACGCCCUCGGAAAUACAGACUGUAGAACCUAGCGGUAUUAUUGAUGAACAGGAUGAGUUUUUUGAAGAACUCGAUGAGGAAUCAAGAAAGAGAAAGAUUAACAAGCAUCGUAUAAGGCAGAAAAAGCUAAAGCUGGAUGAAGAUGAGGAUAGCAAUAUCCCAACAAGUCCCUCCAUCAGAGACGAACUGCAAAACGAAGCAAUCCAAACAACAUCUCCAUCACCUGAGAUUGAACCCAACAAUACUCACACUUCUACAACUUCGGGAAAAACGUCUAUCAAAUCUGCUAGAACCUCUACAAGGGGUAGAGGGCGUGGGAAAGCUCGUGGACGCAUACGAGGACGUGGCAGAGGUCGUGGUCGUCCUCCAAAAACAAAGAAUGGAUUGCAAUACCUGAGGAUACCAUCUAAUACGGUUCCUGUCGAAGAAAGAGAAAAGAUUUCUGAGAAGGUAAGGCUCCUGUAUAACUACGUACUUGAGUAUACCAACGUGUCAGGAAGGAAAUUAUCGGACAUCUUUUUAAUCAAGCCACCACGAAGUGUCUAUCCAGAUUAUUAUUUGUUAAUUAAAUACCCGGUGGCAUUGGAAGAUAUCAAUAAUCAUAUUGAAACAUUGGCGUUCACCUCGGUUAAAGAAGUUCUCGAAGAUUUCCAUUUGGUGUUUGCAAAUGCUAGAGUUUAUAAUACAGAGGAUUCAUUGGUUUAUCAAGACUCGCUGGAGCUGGAAGAUAAAAUUAUUGAAAAGUACAGGGAAAUCACAGGGGACGCUAACCCAAUUGACUUCUCAGAGUUUGAUCAAGUAUAUACAAGUUCCCCUUUAGUAGUAUCCACAGCGGCAACAACGACUGGUGAUCAUGAGUUCACACCUAACCAAGGAGAAGAGGAAGACACUUUCUAA